ACUUUCAUACCACUUGACAAAUUUAUUUUGUACAAGCUGUUCGUAACAAUGCAAAUAAUUCCUGUAUGAAUAUUUUGACAUACAUUAGUUGAUGAUUAACUACCCAUAUUUUAUUUUUCCAAAAAUAAUUAUUUUGGAGGGAUGGAAAGUUUGUACAAUUAACACCAAGCAUUAACCACAUAAAAUUUUCAGGGUAAUUUUUUAAUUAUCAGAAAUACAUGUCAACACGUUUAGUAAUACAAAAAUAUUUGGCAACAGCUUUGUGAGAUCAAGUCUCAAGAGCUUGUUGAUACUUAAAUAGAAUAACAAUUGAUUGAAAGCAUUGAUACAUAUGAUAUUAUAAAAAUGGUUAUUUAUUGGUUCCCAAAGAACCAUUGUUAUUAAUAAGAAAAUAAUUAAAAUCUUCCAGGUAAAAAAAAACCCUCAAGUAUGAUCAGUUGACGAUAACACUAAAAUACUAAUAAAAAAAAUUCAUAAAAAACAUUGUAAAAUUAUAAACAAGAUAUAUUGACACAACAGAAUAUAAAUAACACAACAAACUCGAUUGGUUCAUCAAUUAAUAGCCAGUUCAGACAAAUGCACCAUCAUCAAUCUCCAAGAUCUGUUUGUCUGAAAUAUUUGACAGCAAUACAAAUAAUUACAUUCAAAGGUACUAAGACUUCAUCACUUGUACUUUUCAAAGAAUUUCUUCUCUGUUUUGCAUACCUUAUAAUACUUCUAAUAUUGGCACAGAUAUUUGGAGGUAGUGGUUCUUCUAAACAAGCCAAAAUGGAAAAUAGCCACAUACUAGUUUUAUGUGAAAAUUCCAUAAGAUUUUCCUGCAACCACAUCGAAUAAUAAUUUAAGAGUUGGUCCAAACCUGUUUGAUUAAUUGAGAAUAAUAUGCUUAAUAGUGGCUGAGUCUCUGUACAAAAUUUUAGCCAUUCAUCUUCCUUUCCUAAAUCUUCAGGUACUGAAUUAACAGAAGUAUCAUUUCCUGAAAUCUUUCUUUUUUUCCAAUUUUGUCUCAUAUCUGCAAUUAAAUUCCUGACUACUUUAAAGUGUUGGAGUUGUUUAACUUGCCAUUCAUCAUUAGGAAUGAAGCCUUUAUCAAUUGUUUCAGUCUUAGUUUCCUGGAUGUAGAAAGUCUGAUUUUUUUUGUACUUUUCUGUAUCUAUAGAGGCUACUAAAGUUUGUGGGGCUUUGGAAGAUUCGUAAAUAACUUGAUACAAAUACUCAUAGCCAUUGGAUGGAGAUUCUUUAGGAUCAUAACUUCCAAUAUCUUCAAAAAUAUCAAAGGCUUUGGAAGGCAAGAAAUCAUUAUCAGUGUCCAUUAUUACAGUCUAAACAAGUUUUCACCGGUUUAACACGUUAGAAAAUACUUGUAAUUCAACUUUUAGGCAUAAACAACAGAAUAUCACAUUCAAAAUUCGUUCAUGUUAUCACUUAUCAGAUGUUUAAUAGAUUAAUAUUAUAUUGAAAAUACAGAAACUCUUUAAAUGGAACUGAAUUGAUUUAGAAUAUUUCUUAUAAUUUAAGAAUAUUUUUCUGUUUAACAACUUAGUAUAAAUAAUUCAAUUGGUUUGGUUUUGUAAAGUUAAGAUUAAGUGAAACGUGGCGAAGCCUUUUCCACAUGUUGCAUGACGUUUAUAACCUUCGUUGCCGUAGGUUUCUUAUCAAAAGAUUAGUUUAUAGAAUCUUUUGACAUAUUUAAGAUAAUGGCUCCUCAACAGGGAGAAGUCGACAUUCUUUUUGAUGUCAAGAAUUCUUAUUACAUUGGAAAUUACCAACAAGCUAUUACUGAAGCUCAGAAAUUAAAGCCUCCAACUAGUGAAAUACAACUUGAAAGGGAUAUAUACCUUUACAGGUCAUAUAUAUCCCAAAGAAAAUAUCGAGUAGUUUUGGAUGAAAUUAAUGGGGCUUCUCCAGCUGAACUCAGGCCACUGAAAACCCUUGCAGACUAUUUUUCAAAUAAAAAUAAAAGAGAUGCAAUCGUUUCAGCUAUUGAUGAUCAACUCAAUGAUUCCAAUAAUUUAAGCAACCAUACAUUUGUAAUUGUGGCUGCUACAAUUUACUGCCAUGAGAAGAACAAUGAAUCGGCUCUUAGAGUAUUAUACAAUGAUGACCAUAUUGAGAGCUUAUCCAUGAAUUUACAGUGCUAUUUGCGAAUGGACAGAGUUGACUUAGCCAAAAAAGAAUUAAAAGUUAUGCAGGAAAAGGAUGAAGAUAAUACAUUAACUCAGUUGGCGCAAGCUUGGUUGAAUAUUGCAAUGGGAGGUGACAAACUGCAAGAUGCUUAUUACAUUUUUCAAGAGCUGAUGGAUAAGUAUGGUAGUAGCGUUGUUUUACUUAAUGGGCAAUCUGUUACUUUUAUCGGGCAAGGAAAAUAUGAAGAAGCAGAAGCAGCUCUUACAGAAGCCAUGGACAAAGACAAUAACAAUCCAGACACACUUCUCAAUAUGAUGGUUCUAUCACAGCAUUUAGGAAAACCUCUUGAGGUUACCAAUCGUUACCGCAGUCAGUUGUUUGAUUCUCAUGCUGAUCAUCACUUUGUAAAUGAGUAUAGUAACAAAGAAAAAGAGUUUGAGCGUCUUGCACAGCAGUAUUCUAUAACGGUUUAGAUUCAAUCUUUAAAAUAUAUUAUUUAUAUCUUUAUAAGUAUAGUUUAGAACAAAUAUAUAUGCUUAACUUUUUAAUAAAUGUAUAAUUUGUAAAUAAAAUUGAGAGGUUUCAAACCACCAAUA